CGAGGAGCAGCAAAGGAUGCUGGGAAACAAUAGACAUCUAUAUCCUGGGGCAGAGGACGAGGAAGAGGAGGAGGAGGAAGAUGAAGAAGAGGAGGGUGAGGAAGAUGACCGUGAUGAGGAGGGAGAAGAUGGGGAGAACGGCGAGCUGGAGGGAGAAGAGGAAGUGGAGGAAGUCAGGCGAGGAGGAGGCAUGUCGCGAGGAGGCAGGGAUGAGGGGCACAGGCAAUUAGGCAAAAUGGCUGGACGACCCACAGGAGACAGACAGAUACGACCCGGCAACAUCGGGCACACAGUAAACCCUUAUUCAUCCAACCAUGGACCCACCCAUCAACAGCCAGCCAAUCAGCAGCAGCAGCAGAAGAGGCUGAGAGAGCAUAGCUCCAGCAGGGCGCCGUCAGAGGACGCCCACAUCGCCAUGAUGGUGUUCCGCAUCGGCAUCCCCGACAUCAAACAGACGAAGUGUUUGCGGUUCAACCCGGAUGCGACCGUUUGGAAGGCCAAGCAGCAGGUGCUGUGUUCUCUGACCGAUUCGUUGCGGGACGUGUUGAACUACGGUUUGUUCCAACCAGCCACCGAAGGCCAUGACGCCAAGUUCCUGGAGGAGGAGAAGAUGCUGAGAGAGUACCCACAAUCCUUUGAGAAGGGGGUACCAUAUCUGGAGUUUCGUUACAAGACCAGAGUGUACAAACAGACCAAUCUAGAUGAGAAACAGCUGGCUAAGCUGCACACUAAGGCCAGUCUGAAGAAGUUCAUGGACUACAUCCAAAGUGGCUCUGUGGACAAGAUGGCCAAGUUCUUGGACAAAGGGCUUGACCCCAACUACCAGGACCCUGACACGGGAGAAACCCCCCUGACGUUGGCGGUGCAGUGUGAGCCGGGGGGAGGGGAGGCCAUACGGGGGCUGGUGCUGGGAGGGGCUCAUCUUGAUUUCAGGUCCAAGGACGGACUCACACCUCUACACAAGGCUGUCCGCAGCCACUGCCACACAGCCUUGCUGACCUUGCUGUCUCUGGGUGCGUCUCCGGACUAUAAGGACCGGCGGGGGCUGACUCCGCUCUACCACACUGUGCUGACAGGGGGCGACACCUCCUGCUGUGAGACCCUGCUCCACCACCGCGCCAAGCUGGCCAUCAGGGACGAGAACGGCUGGGAUGAGACACACCAGGCCUGUCAGAAUGGCAACGCCCAGCAUCUGGAGCACCCUUUUUACGGGGCAGACUCCACUUCCCAGAAUGCCUCAGGAAACACUGCCUUGCACAUUUGUGCUUUAUACAACAAGGACAGCUGUGCACGAAUUCUACUUUACAGGGGAGCCAAUAAAGACACAAAGAAUAACAGUGGGCAGAACCCAUUUCAGGUGGCUGUCAUGUCCGGCCAUUUUGAGCUUGGAGAGAUUAUCAAAAACCAUCGGGACACGUAUGUAGUUCCUUUUCUUGAGUCUCCCAAAUACGCCCCUCAGAGGCGAGAGAGUGCGCCGCGCACCCUGGCGCUGCCCCAGCCUCACCCCUUCCUGCGUGCCAACAGUGAUAACAGUAUGAACCUGCCUGACUGGAUGGCACUGCCAAAUACACCAGGCUCCAACAUUGUGUCUGUACAGGGCUAUAAGCAUUCAGGUACCAUGCGGAGCUCCAGUAGUCCCCGUGGGGCGCGGACUCGCUCCCGUCCCGAGGGAGAGCAGGGGAAAAGGAGGACAGGAGUCGGCAGAGUCGGAGGCAGGGAGGAAGCGGAGGGGAAGGAGAAGGAGGGGGAGCAGGAGGAGGAGCAGGAGGGGCGGGGUCUGUCAGCAGCAAUACGGUUACAGCAGCAGGGGGCCAGCGGAGGCGUCUCUACAGCGCCGUCCCAGGACGUGUGUUUGUGGCCACGCGCUCCCACUCCGCCCAGGGAGACAGAGAGAUUAGCAUCAGCAAGGGAGACAAAGUCAAAGGUGUGUGUGUUUAGUGUGUCUGUUGCUGAGUGUGGGCGAGGAGGGUUCUGGGAGGGCACGGUUAAGGGACGGACCGGCUGGUUCCCCUCAGACUGCGAGAGCCGCAGUGAGAAAGCCAAGAGACUGUUCCGGCAUUACACCGUGGGCUCCUACGACAGCUUCGACGCUCCCAG